CCAUUUAAUAGAGCCAUUCCAUACACGGACCUCAACACUUUAUCUGCAUGUCGGAAAGUUUAUGUCCACGUGUCGGAGUCGAGUUUUCAAUGACCGUCUCCUUUUAUCUCCCAGCUGAGAACAUAAACAUUCACAAAUUCUUGCACGAUGGCAAGUCACGUGACCAUGGCGUGAGGAAUUUCAAGCAACGGCAGUUAACAUCCCGGCGACGAGUGGUCCGCGUGCGAAGAAUGUUUCGGCUUGGUUUGCUGUUAAUGUCAUUGACAUGGGCACUUUCUGCUGAGAGCGAGGGCAAACUGUGGAUAUUCUCCGUCAGUGGGAACCGCCGACCUUACAACUAUGCGGACGAGACUGGGAAACUUGUGGGAUUUGAGUUGGACAUCAUAGACAAAGUGUGUUCCACGGCUGGCGUGAAGUGCGCGCCGACGGUACAACCCUUCUCCGAGUGCACGCAGACAGUCGACGGCCGCUUCUUCCCAGGGAGAGGUUUAAUGUCCGGCUGGUUUGACGCCUGUAUGGGUUACACGAUCACCCAGGAACGGGUCAACGCUGUCCAGUUCACGAGCCCCUACAUCCAGACAUACGCCAAGUUGACGGUCAAGCCUGGCAACCCCCGCGGGGUCAGCCUGAACACCCUGUCACAAACCACAAUCACUCACCUUAACGGCGCCUACACCAACCAGCAGUGUCUAAACCGGCUCAACUACUCCGUCGGCGGAGUGGUCGUCGCUGCGAACCUUCCUGUGGCAAAGGAACUGGUUUUAAACGGCACGGUCGACGCUGCGUUUUCACCAAGGUCAAGAAUACCUGACCUUGAGACGUUGAACAUCACUCUUCAUUGUGACCUUGGAGGCGUGGCUGUCAUGGUAACAAAGGGAAGCACGCUCCCUGAUUGGUGGAAUCCAGCUUAUGAAAAAUUCGUUAAGUCCGGAGAAUAUAAGAAAAUAUGUGAAACAUGGCGAUCCAAGUCAACAUCUUCCAUUAAAUGCUUCGAUGAUGCCCACCAUGCAGUGAUAGCAGGGAGUGGCCAAACAACCGCAGUGGUCAGUUGGUGUUUGACCGCCACAAUGCUGCUGGUCACUCUCUCUAUCAGCGGUCCGGAGACCAGCUGGGUCCAGACUGUAGGACACUCGACCCACUGUGACUUGUAACCGGCGUUAAACAAGCAGCUUGUCAAGUCUUAAAUAAGUCACAGACUAUCUUCCCGAGGCAAGGGAGUUAACUGACUGUGAAAGUCCAGUGGAAUCUUCCCGAGGCAAGGGAGUUAACUAACUAUAAAAGUCCAGUGGAAUCUUCCCGAGCAAAGGGAGUUAACUGACUGUACAAGUCCAGUGGAAACUAGACUUUCAAAGUCAGUUAACUCCAUUGCCCCGGGAAGAUGGUCACAGAUUUGACAGGAAUAUAUUUUUGCAGAUGUAAACAUUUGACUGUUGUAUGCCUUUAGUUCCAUUUUAUGCAGAGCAAUAAAUAACAAGCAGAUAACAAGAAUACAGUCAAAAUCUCGUUGAACCUUAUUAUCUGUAUCAAUAACAAAACUGUCCUCAUUGAGAACGGUACCGCCCGAAGAUAGGGGGCUGCUCUGUUUAAAGGACUGACAACAAUAUCUGAUUAUGAAGGUUCUACUACGGAUAUAACGAAUUAAUUUUGAUAUUUCGUUAUAAAUGAAUUCAAAAGCAGGUCACUACUCUGUCUUAUCUUGUAAUUACUACCUCAGCCAUUGUUUACUUCACAUCCGUGAACACGAUGCAUUGUGUAUUUUGUAUAUGUUUAUAUAAGUAAAUAAACCAUAUAACGUUCA